CUCGGGCUCUCCCCAGAUCUGAUUGUUUGCAGGUGCUCCACUCCACUGGAUACCUCAGUAAAAGAAAAGAUUUCCAUGUUCUGUCAUGUUGAACCAGAACAGGUCAUUUGUGUUCAUGAUGUCUCCUCUAUCUACCGGGUUCCUCUGUUGUUAGAGGAGCAGGGAGUUGUGGACUACUUCAGGCACAGGCUGGACCUUCCCAUCGAGAGGCAGCCCAGGAGGAUGCUCAUGAAGUGGAAGGAGAUGGCUGACAGGUACGACCGUCUACUUGAAACAUGUUCCAUUGCACUCGUGGGCAAAUACACCAAGUUUUCUGAUUCCUAUGCAUCUGUCAUCAAAGCACUGGAACACUCUGCCCUGGCCAUCAACCACAAACUUGACAUUAAGUACAUUGACUCUGCUGACUUGGAGCCGGACACUCUGCAGGAGGAGCCUGUGCGGUACCACGAGGCCUGGCAGAAGCUCUGUGGUGCUGAUGGAGUUCUGGUUCCUGGUGGAUUUGGUGUUCGAGGGACAGAAGGCAAAAUUCAAGCUAUUUCCUGGGCAAGAAAACAGAAAAAACCCUUCUUAGGAGUCUGUUUGGGAAUGCAGCUGGCAGUGGUGGAGUUUGCUCGCAGUGUCCUUGGUUGGCAAGAUGCGAACUCCACAGAGUUUGACCCCAAAACUUCUCAUCCAGUGGUCAUAGACAUGCCAGAACAUAACCCUGGCCAAAUGGGUGGCACCAUGAGACUUGGCAAGAGAAGGACACUCUUCCAAACCAAGAAUUCAAUCAUGAGGAAACUGUAUGGAGAUCAUGAUUUCUUGGAAGAGAGACACAGACACAGAUUUGAGGUCAAUCCAGAGUUGAAGAAGUGUUUUGAAGAGCAAGGUCUGAAGUUUGUGGGGCAGGAUGAGGAGGGAGAGCGGAUGGAAGUGGUUGAGCUGGAAGAGCAUCCUUUCUUCGUUGGUGUCCAGUAUCACCCCGAGUUCCUCUCCAGGCCCAUCAAACCAUCACCCCCAUACUUUGGGCUCCUCCUGGCGUCUGCAGGGAGACUCACGCACUACCUACAGAAGGGCUGCAGGCUCUCACCCAGGGACACCUACAGUGACCGGAGUGGCAGCAGCUCCCCUGACCUGGAGAUAACAGAGCUGAAGUUCCCUUCAGCAAAUCACGACUGAUUCCUGGUGUGUCCUUGCUGCAGAGAGGAGUCUCCGUUAGUUUUUCCAGGCGUUCUUACAGCAAUAGCUUCAACACCCUCAGCUUUGGGCUAUCCUAACUUAUAGGUUUAUGAUUUUYCUUCUGAGAUCCUGUCCCUUAUUUCCUCAGCUCUUCUGUCCUUCCUUUAUUUUCUAUGUAUACCUUGGUUAUUUGUGGAGGAGAGUUCAGAGAGGCCCCUCCAGACUUCGUUCAGUUCCUCCAGUUGCAGCAGCUUGGAGGUCACAGCAAACUGGAGGCUGGAUGUGUUGGGGGGAAUCCCACAUCCAUCCCAGGGCGGGGAGUUCUUGGCAUCAGGGUGCCUUGGACACUGACAGUGCAGUUGCUUUCUCCAGUCUUUCUGCUCACUCCUCAGUCUUCACUUACUGGUGAAAUUAUGUGGAUGACAUGAGAUUUUGGGGGCUGGCUCAGU